AUGGUGAGAAGCAUAAAAAUUAAAGCCUCGGACGAGCGUCUGUACGAUCGGGUAUGGCGCGGAAAUCUACAGCCUGGUCAAAAAGACAACAACCCUGCUACAUCUCUGGAUAAUCCUAAGACCUACACUCUAUCUGAUAUUGUUGGAGAUGGAAGCUGCCUAUUUAGAGCUGUGAGCAUGUACUUAUACGGUCACCAAAAAUGUCACGAACAGCUAAAAAAAAUCGCACUGGGAUAUAUAAAAGAAAACUGGUCCGUUCUCCAAGACCAUGCUCUGAUUGAAAAUGAUAGGAUGAGAGAUAUCGAAAUUUACUAUGAGAACAUGAAGAAAACAAGUGUCUAUGGCACUAGCCUUGAAAUACUUGCUCUCUCGGAAACUCUAAGCAUCAACUUCCAUAUAAACACCAGACCAGAACCAGAACCAGAAUAA